GUAAAAAACCUGUUCCUAAUAAGACCUCGAAUCUCCGACUUUUCUUACACCACACUCACUGUCUGUUUUUCCCACUACUCAUCACCACUGCCACCAUGAGGCGGUGGGUCUCACCGCCUAAAACCACCGCCGGUUUAGGGCUGGCGGCAAUUUCUUAUGUAGUGGUGGACUAUUUGCGCCACCUUUCCCCAACUUGGCACGAGCGUCUCCAGCCAGCAUUAUGGUCAAUACUCGCUCUCAUCGCCGUCUCACGUGUCCCUUUCUACAAGCACUGGUCGUCUGAGUUUAGAGCUGCCAUUCCCUUUGUUGCUUCUAUGCUGUUUAUGCUCACUUGCCUUCUUUUCGAGGCUCUCUCUGUGCGCUUUGUCACUGCUGUUCUCGGUCUUGAUUGGCACAGUGAUACAUCUCCUCUACCUGACACCGGCCAGUGGUUGCUCCUUUCACUGAAUGAAAAGCUUCCAGAGACAUUGGUUGAGAUUCUAAGAGCCCGUAUUAUUGGACUGCAUCAUUUCCUGAUGUUGUUUAUGAUGCUGGCUUUCUCCGUGCUAUUUGACUCCGUAGAAGCUCCUGGACUUGGUCUUGGUGCAAGAUACAUGUUCACUAUGGCAAUUGGCCGUCUUCUUCGGGCUAUAACUUUUGUAUCUACAAUUCUACCAUCAGCCCGGCCUUGGUGUGCUGCAGCUCGGUUUAGAGUCCCUCCAUACCCUCAUCACUGGGCUCAGAAAUAUUAUGUUCCUUAUGCUUCAGAUGCAAAUGCUAUUCGUCAGAUAAUAAAUCAGGAUAUAGCUUAUGCUGAUACUGGGGAAUACCUCGGUGAUUACCAGCCAGAUUGGGGUUCCAUGAACUUCCUCAUAAAUUUCUUACGACCCACGCCUGCAGAAGGAGCAUCAUGGUAUAGUCUUCUGAAGAAAGCUGGAGGUGGCUGCAAUGACCUCCUAUACAGCGGCCAUAUGCUUGUUGCCGUGCUGACAGCUAUGGCUUGGACGGAAGCUUAUGGAGGCUGUAGCUCAGCUUUCAUAUGGCUGCUUGUGAUGCACAGUGCCCAGAGAGAAAUUCGGGAACGCCACCAUUACACAGUAGACUGUGUGGUGGCCAUUUAUGUAGGCAUCCUUCUCUGGAAGAUGACUGGUUUUAUCUGGCCAGCCAAGGAUUCAAUGAGAAGUAGAAGACUUGCAAAACUUGAGAGAAUUCAAGGUAGACUAAUCCAAGCAGCAAAAGACUCGGACAUGGACGAAGUGAGGGAGCUUCUCAAGGAGGUUGAGUUGGGCACUCAGGAGAGCCAGAACAAAGGCCACAGUAAGCAUUUGUGGUUGUUUUCUUGUGCGACCAUUUUCUCUGCACUAACAAUUGUCCUUCUAGCCUUCACAUGGACAAGCGACGGUUGAUUUCACGUUUUUCUCUCAUGGUUAUGAAGGUUUCGGCAGUGUAAUUCCACGCAUGUAAUAUUUUCAUUGUUGUUGUUGGUGUCAGAACUGGGCUGCGGGAAUUUCAUGGAAUUGUGCCAAUCCCCAAAAAAGAUGAUGAGAUUAAAAGCAGCUUCUUACAGGUCCAUAAUUGAAA